AAAAAAAGGAAAAAAUCUUAGAAAUCCGUCUCCGGCGAGUUCUUACCCACCCGAGCAGCGGCAGCGAUUUCUCUGCGCGGUGGAGAUUGAAUCAAUUUUGAACCCUCAAAUCCCAUCUUCAGAUGUUCAUCCCCCUUCGAAAAAUAGCAACUCCAUUGAAAUCCAUCCUUUCAACUUCCUUCAACAAACUCUACUCCGAUCUGCCAUUGAAGCAUUCCCCUCCUCUGCACAAUUUUCCCUUUCAACAUUCUACAGAAACCCUCACAUGGCCCGAACUCAAGGCUCUAGUUCUCAGCCGAUUCACCCAUGGCAAGUUCCUCGACCUCCUUCAAAAUGUCGUCGCCUCUCCCUCUGUUCUUCUGACCGCCUCCCAAAAUCUCAUCACUCCACCACCCCCCAGCAAUGGCCUCAAUGCGCCGGACCCGUUACCCAUUCUCGAUUUGGUCUCCAAGUGCUUUUCCGUUGAGGAGAUGGCUCGGGAGCUCUACGAAGAUCGUUUCGAUGUUGGAGCCUGCUGUGUUCGGAUGGACCAGAAAGGUCAGUCUCUGGUCUUACCUAACUUGAAAUUGAAGGUCUUAAUUGAGGCUAUUAGGAUGGUGUUGGAAAUUGUUUAUGACGAACGAUUUGUGACAUUCUCUUAUGGCGGCCGUGUCGGUAUGGGGCGACAUACUGCGAUUAGGUACCUGAAGAACUCGGUGCAAAACCCUAGUUGGUGGUUUACUGUCGCAUUUCGUCGCAAAAAGUUUGAUUCUGUACAUGUACAUAAGUUGUGCUUAUUGGUAGAAGAGAAAAUUAAGGAUCAUCUUUUGAUUUGUAUGUUGAAGAAACUGUUUGAAUUGGAGGCAAUUCAAAUUGAAUUGGGUGCUUGUUAUUUAGGAAGGGGUUUUCCUCAGGAAAGUGGGUUGUGUUCAAUCUUGUGUAAUAUAUUCUUCAAUGGCUUUGAUAAAGACAUUCAACAGAUACGUCUUCAAAAGAAUGAAGAAAAUCCCAAGUUCAGUCUGGACGAGAUUGUUUCGUUUCAUAGUCCGGUGAAAAUAUAUGCUGUUAGGUAUCUGGAUGAGAUAUUGGUCAUAACAUCGGGGUCAAAGAUGCUAACAAUGGAUUUGAAAAGCCAGGUGCUAAAGUAUUUAGAAGGGAAUUUGGAACUGGAAGUGGAUCGAAUGAAUACUGCAAUUCAUAGUGCUGUCUCGGAGAAAAUUAGUUUUUUAGGAAUGGAACUACAGGCAGUGCCACCUUCAGUUUUGCAUCCACCAAUGUCAGAAAAGGCAAUUAGGGCUCGAAAGAAGUAUAUUAGACAGAAGGAAGUUAGAGUUAUAGAAUUGAGAAAUGCCCGCGAGAGAAACAGGAAAAAAUUGGGAUUGAAAAUAUUGAGUCAUGUGUUCAAAAAAUUAAAGCAAACUGAUGGGUUUAAAUUCGAAUUCCAAAUAGAGAAGGAAGUUAGAGAAAUCUUCAGAAACUGGGCUGAUGAAGUGGCGCAACAUUUCUUUGAGUCUUUGGAAAAUCAUGCAGAGUGGCACCAUGCGCUGUCAGCGGGUGAUUUUCUCUCCUUAAAACACAUAAGAAAUCAAUUGCCAGAAGAUCUUGUGAAUGCUUAUGAUAGGUUUCAAGAUCAGGUAGACAAACACUUGAAUCCUGUAAAGGUAAAAUAUGUAAAGGCUAGGGAGGAUGAAGAGAAAAGAGUGGAGGAAGAACAAAAAUAUGCUAGAAGGACAGUCGAGGACUUAACAAGGCUAUGCAUCAAAGUUGAUGCUCCUAUAGAGCUUGUUAGGAAGGCAGUCAAGAUGGUUGGGUUUACAAAUAAAAUGGGUCGUCCCCAGCCCAUCAGCUUGCUCGUUGCUCUUGAAGAUAUUGAUAUUAUCAAGUGGUAUGCUGGCGUAGGAAGAAGGUGGUUGGAUUUCUUUUGCUGCUGUCAUAACUAUAAGAUGGUAAAAACGGUUGUAACUUACCAUUUGAGGUUUUCUUGUAUUUUGACAUUAGCAGAAAAGCAUGAAUCGACCAAACGGGAAGCCAUGAAACAUUUCAGUAAAGAUCUGAAAGUCUUUGAUUUGAAUGGCGACGAAGAAAUCCACUUUCCAACAGAAAGAGAAGUGAAGAUGUUGGGAGAUAGAAUGCUUGCAGACCCAUACCCUGUGGAUGGGACUUUAUCUUUGUUUCUGAUAAGAUUAGCCAUUGAUGAACCUUCAUGUCCUUGUAUUGCUCAUUUUUGCAAUAGAACAGACUCUAUUUUAUACCGGGUCCGAUUGUUGCAAAGGACUCUUAAUGUGAAUUCAUGUGAUGGAGAGAAAUGGGUGCGAGGGAUGGGAGUGAUUCAUGAAAGUUUAAAUCAGAGAUGCCUUCCUCUCUGUGCUGAUCACAUCAGUGACUUAUACAUGGGGAGAAUCAACCUUCAAGACUUGGAUUGUACCUUAUCAUUGGAUAUGGACUGAGUGUAACUCAUUUGACUUCUGAGUUUGUUUCAUCCUCCAUGUCGGCAAGAUGGUAAUGAGAUAUUUUAUUCUUAGCCACUCACUUGUUUUACUUUCCCGGAAUGCAGUCAAGUUAUUCAGUUUUACAAAUAUCAGCGAAGCACUACCCAAAUCAAGGAAAGGAAAAGGGGGUGCAAACAGUUUGGGUCUGAAAGAGAAACCAGAUGAGAGACACUGAGAAAGAAGACGUGACAAGAUAAUGUGGUUUGCUCUUCUCGAAUCAACGUGACAGAGACAAGGCUUCACUCGCACCAGCAACCAGAAAAAUCUAGGCUUCUUCCUCGCCUCUGAAACCUUUCUCACUCGACAGCUCUCUGGAACUCUCUCUCCUUUUGCUCUCGAAAUAGCCGCCCUUCGUUAUCUCAGGCAUUCGAUUGAGGUCGAAGUAGUUUGCCCUCGCUCUUGUUUGCCAGGAAUCAAGAACACAAUGGAAAGGACUCAAUGCUAAGUUAUCAGCUAAUGGUUGCAAGAAGAGGCAUGCAAUUAGAGAGAUAGGAGAGCUAUUGGGGCGACCCAACCUCGCGGCGUGUUGCUGCUGUAACUGUAGCCAAAAGAGUUGCUGAGGAACGUGGCAUCGAGGUGGGCCAAAAGGUUGGGUAUUCUAUCAGGUUCGAGGAUCUAGUUCCACAAGAAAUCAAGUACAUGACCGAUGGUCUACUCCUAAGGAGAGUCCUGGUGGUAUACUUGCAUUUUUGACUGGUCAAGAACAGAUAGAGUCUACGGAAAAUCUUGUAAAGAAUAAGAUUCAGAAGUUAGCUGAAGGCAAAAGGAAUUCAGCACUCAUUCCCACCUGGAGUUGGUAAGGUAGUUUAAGUAUACAUUUAUGAUAAUCUCUCCAAAAGUUCUCACCAUAUUUUCUCUCUGAUACUUCCAUUGUUCUUCAUCUUUCGAAGAUUCAAUGUUGUUAUUAUUUCUUGUGAGAAAAUUUUUAGUUUGAGAGAUUUAUGUACUUCAAUUUCAUCCUCCAUUCGAGGGUUUUUGUUUGUAAGAUUUUUUCUUAUAAUCUUGUAAGCUUAUAUUUAUAAAUCCAUUCUUUGAGAGUUUGUGAGAUGUACCGAUUGGACUUUAAGUUGUGGAAAGAGUCGGUUCUUCAAUCGAACACCCAAGAAAAGCUUGGGAAGUGGAGUAA